UGGGACCCGAGAGCUGAGGUAUGGCCGGCGGCAGUGGAGCGCACGGACGAGCUUGUCCGGGAGUACCUCUUUCACCGAGGUUUCACCAGCACCUCCAAAGCCUUCGAGGUUGAGCGCAAAGUGGACAAGGAAAAGGGAUUUCGAGUUGAUAGGAUUGUCGAGCAAUUGCAGUAUUUAGUUCAGAAUUAUGAUCUGAAUGGCCUGCAGGAUUAUUGGAACUAUCUGGAACACAGGCUCUUCAGACGGCUGGAAGACGUGUAUCGUCACACCGUCAACAAGCUGAAGACCAGCCUAUACCGCUACUACCUGAUCCACACUGCCCAGACAAACAGGAUUGAUAAAACACAGGAAUUCUUCCAGAAACUGGCCUUGGAGUUGCAGAACCAGCCGGAGUGGAAGGAGUGGUUUAUUCUCCCCUUUGUUCCAAACCCAGAGACCAACCCAGGCUUUGCCACCUACUUCUCUAAACAGUGGGCAGAGACCUUCUUGGUGUCACUGCACAACUUCCUAAGCGUCUUGUUCCAGUGCAUGCCCGUUCCUGUGUUACUGAACUUUGAUGCAGAAAUGCAGCGGACAUUGCAACUGCAGGAAGAAAAUGAAAGCCUGCUUCAGAAGCUGUUUGCUAUGCAAACUGAACAAAAAAUGAAGAAACCAGAGGAGAUGAUCCAACAUAAACUGCCCAACUACGUACAAAACAUGGACCGUCUUGGAGACACGGAAUUAGACUUAUUGUCCAGUCAGAGGGGCUCACUGUCGCUGUCUCAGACAAAAGCAGGCUCGUUCCUCUCGUCAUUUCUCCUGCAGAACAAAAAGGUCCCAUUAAAGAGCUCGCUGCACACAGGCUCGUCACAACUGCCACAGAGCCCUGCGGCCUCAGGAAAGAAAGACAGCUCCAACAAUCAGCCCAUCAAAGUCAAAGAGUUGACCGCAGCUGCCAAAGAUGGCAAAUUGCAGCCGAACGCAGGCGCCGAUCCUGGCACCGUCCAGCAGCGAAAGAGGAGGCAGCAGGAGCACGAGAAGGAACGGAAGGAGCUCUUAUCCAAACCUGCCUUCCAGAGUCCCGAGGGUGCCAGCUCAGAGCCUGAGAUUCCAGGCACACCUGAGGUGGUUUCAGAUCAACUGGACUCUCCAACAAAACCAGUGAAAUCCUGCUUGGAGACAGGGAAGGCAGAGCAGCCGUUCAUCGUCCUGAGUCAGGAAGAGUAUGCAGAGCACCACUCCUCCAUCAUGCACUGCAGGGUGGAUUGCUCUGGGAGGAGAGUGGCCAGUCUGGAUAUCGAUGGAGUCGUCAAAGUGUGGUCUUUAACGCCCCCAAUGCAGACCAAGGCCACCAUAAUGUCCAAGUCACCAUUGCUUUCCUUGGAGUGGGCCACAAAGCCAGACCGACUGUUGUUGCUGGGCAGUGCAGUGGGAAUCGUUCGUCUGUACGAUACUGAAGCUAAGAAGAGUCUCUAUGAACUGACCAUUGAUGAGUCCUGUCCCAGAAUUUUAUCCCUGGCGUGCAGUCCCAGUGGCAUGUCGUUUGUGUGCUGCUCAGCAGCUCCAAGCAUACGGACAGGAACGGUACUGGAGACGGGAGGAAAGGGACUGAAUCUGGUUCCAGGGAAACUGCUUCUUUGGGACACCAAGACCAUGAAACAGCAGCAUCUGUUCUGUCUGGAUCCUGAUCCCAUUGCCAUCAACUGUACAGCUUUCAACCACAAUGGAAACCUGCUAGUCACUGGGGCUGCGGACGGCAUUAUCAGGCUCUUUGAUAUGCAGAGGUAUGACUGUGCCAUGAGCUGGCACUCUCACUCUGGGGAGGUCUACUCCGUGGAGUUCAGCUAUGAUGAAAACUCGGUUUACAGUAUUGGGGAAGAUGGGAAGUUCAUUCAGUGGAACAUCCAUAAGAGUGGAGAGAAGGUUUCCGAAUGUGUGGUGCAGGCUGAUGCCAUCGGCCCCUUUGUGCUGUCAGGAUACAGUGGCUACAGACAGGUCCAGGUACCGCGAGGAAGACUGUUUGCCUUUGAUUCAGAGGGGAACUAUGUCCUCACCUGCUCCUCUACCGGUGGAAUCAUUCACAAGUUGGCGGGAGCAGAGGGAAGUCUGGAGAGCUGCCUGUCACUGGGGGGGCACAGAGCCCCAGUGGUCACUGUGGACUGGUGCACAGCGUUGGAUUGUGGUACCUGCCUGACAGCUUCUAUGGACGGCAAGAUCAAGCUGACUACUCUGCUGGCACAAAAACCAUACAGCUGAAGCUGGCAUUAUCUC